GGAAGCAACCAUGCACAGUUACUCAGAACGUACCAUGAAGCUUUUCUUCAAAAUUCAUAGCAGAACUGAACAGUGAAUAUUAAGCUUACUCUCUCCUACGUUGUACUUCCUCUAGCGAUGGAACCCAUGAACAAACACAAUUGAUUCUCUGCAGUGCUGUGUAAAUAUCCGGAGUGGUAAAAACAUGUUGGGGAUAUCGCUUAUCAGGAACUUAUCGGUCGACCUAGGAUAAGAGGUAAAUCGUCCGAUUUAUCGGCAUAUCGGUCAGCUUAUCGAUCGAUUUAUCUUAUCAGUCACACACCGGUAAGCGAUAAAUCGGCCGAUUUAUCGGCAUAUCGGGGGAUAUCUAGAACAGUAAUAGCGACCCCUUUUUCCAAAAAGGAAGAAGCAAAACAUCAACCUAGAUCGGUUGUCUUCGACGGCUAGAGGAGAUGUUUUGUAUCUAAAUGAACUCUAAUGGAAUAUGAACAACACCUACAUUAGCCCAAUGGGAAUCUGAAAUCCCUACCAGUUUAUUGGUAAUUAACCCAAGGAAAAUCAGCACUCUUACCGUCUUAUGUACUUUUUUUAUUUGUUUCCUUAUGUUGGAUUAAAUUUGACUUUUAGCACUACCAAACUAUUUUGUAGGUCAAAUUGUCUGGCAAGGUUGAACAUGUUCCUUGGUACUUCCAAAGAUGGAUCAUCCAAAAAAUAUAGUAACACAACUUAUCCCAGAAGAGCAUAGGUCGAAAUGGAUUGCACGUAGCAAUCAUAAUGUGAAAUGUUUUACAGAAGAGGAGAUAAGAAGAUUUACCAACAACUAUGGAAUUAUACUUGGUAGAGGUGCUUUUGGAGAAGUUUAUCAAGGAGUCCUUGAGGACAAAAGUAAGGUUGCAGUCAAGAAGUUUAUCUACAAUGUAAAAGAAAAUUUUGCCAGAGAGUUGAUCGUCCACCGUGAGAUCAAUCACAAGAAUGUAGUAAGAUUAGUCGGCUACUGUAUAGAUGAAAAUGCUCUGAUGGUGGUCAUGGAGUAUAUUCCUAAAGGAAAUCUGAGUAACAUACUUCACCACGAUAGUAGUCCCAUCGCUUUGGAUACACGGCUAAGAAUUGCCAUUGAAUGUGCAGAAGCUUUGGGCUAUAUGCAUUCACAAAUGUAUACUCAGGUCAUUCAUGGUGAUAUAAAGCCUGCUAAUAUACUGCUGGAUGAUGGACUCGGCGCAAAAAUAUCUGACUUUGGAAUAUCAAGACUAGUCAACACUGAAAAUACUCUAUAUACUCUAAAUGUGAUAGGAAGUAUAGGUUACAUGGAUCCUCUGUUUGCUCAGAAUGGCCGCCUCACAGCAAAGAGUGAUGUAUAUAGUUUUGGAGUUGUGCUCCUGGAAUUGAUAACCAGAAAAAAAGCAAGAACAGAUGAUGGGGAGAUUGGCUUGGUUGAAAGCUUUAUUCAAUCCCUUUCAAAAGGGAUUAGCAGGGUGAAGGAGAUGUUUGAUCCUGAAAUUGUAACAUCGAGCGACAUGAAGACUACCGAAGAGAUUGCUAGGUUGGCAGGUAAAUGCUUGAGGAUGGAACACAACAAACGCCCUGAGAUGUUAGAAGUUGCAGAACGCCUUCGAAAACUUAGAAAGGCUCCACAUCAGGUACAAGAAAGACUAGCUCUGUUUUCUUGGGUGAGAAAAGCUCUAGCUGAAACACCAUCGCUGAAAAGCGGUAGCAGUAGCCAAAACAUGAAAACUGGAGCUCCCGCGGAAACAACGCCAAACACACCAUCACAAGAAAACAAUACGAGUAACCCGAAAACAGGCAUUGUGGCUCCAGCCAAAGCGGCACUAUCACAGGAAAGUGUGGGAACUUUUAUUUUUAGGCCAACAGUGACUAGCCAAAGGUUCGAGCUGGACGACCUACUUCGAGCACGGGCUGAAAUUCUGGGCAUGGGCAUAGGCACAAUCGGGGCAACAUACAAAGCAACGCUUGAUAGUGGAUAUGAGCUGGUGGUCAAGAGGCUGAGGGGUGUGCACUUGCCGAAGGUGGAGUUUGAGCAGCAAAUCACGCUUAUCGGCUCCAUCCAGAACAGGCACAUUGUGCCACUACAGUGGUAUUACUGUAAAAAGGAUGAGAGGUUGCUAGUGUAUGAUAUCAUCCCUAUGGGCAGCCUAGCAAAAGCACUUCAUGGUAAAGGUUCUGGCCCAGCUCCACUGGACUGGGAGCAGCGGUUGGCUAUCUCACUAGCUGCUGCGCGGGGUGUGCAGGCUAUCCAUUUAGCUGGACCAUCGAGCUGCCAUGGCAACAUCAAGUCUUCUAACAUCCUGCUCACAGGAACCCACGAUGCAUGUGUGUCGGAGCACGGCCUGAUAACACUAGUUGACAUGUAUUCCAAGGCCUCGGGCUACCGUGCGCCUGAACUCACUAGCGAUAGGCAGGUUUCUCAGAAAACCGACGUGUAUAGCUUUGGCAUCCUACUGCUGGAGCUUCUGACCUGCAAGGCUCCGGCAAAUAGUGAUAUGGAGGGAGUUCAUUUGGCACAGUGGGUGCGUUCCGUUGUUCAUGCUGAGUGGACAGCGUCGGUCUUCGACGCGGAGCUCCGAGGACAGGAGAAGGACGGGAAACAAGAGUGCAUGGUGCGACUUUUGUGGCUUGCCUUAAACUGUUGCAGUGAAUAUCCCAACAAGAGGCCUACAAUGCCUAAAGUUGUGCAGCAAAUCGAAGAGAUUGAAAGAGGAAGUAAACUAGCUCCAGCCAAAACACCAUCUCUGGAAAGCAGUAGCAGUUGCCAAAACGUGAGAACUGUAGCUCCAGCUGAAAAGACGUCAUCACAAGAAAGCAGUGGCAGUAGCCCCAAAACGGGAAUUGUGGCUGCAUCCAAAGUGACACUAUCACAGGUAAGCCGUGAUAGUACACAAAAUGUGGGAACUUCUAUCAUUGGGCCGACAAUGACAGACCAAUUGUUCCACCUGAAAGACCUGCUUGGGGCAUCGACUGAAGUUCUGGGCAAGGGUACAGUCGGGACAACAUACAGAGCAACACUAGAUAGUGGAUAUGAGCUGGUGGUCAAGAGGCUGAAAGAUGUGGACUUGGGGGAGGCGGUCUUUAAGCGGCUUGUCACGCUGUUUGGUGCCAUCCAGAACAAACACGUAGCGCCACUUCUAACGUAUUACUAUAGCAAGGACGAGAAGUUCCUAGUGUAUAAUGCCAUCCCCAUGGGCAGCCUAGCAAAAGUACUCCACGGUGACCAAGGUUCUGGCCCAGCUCCAUUGGACUGGGAGCAGCGGUCAGCCAUCUCACUUGGUGCUGCGCGCGGUUUGGCGGCGAUCCACUUAGCUGGACUAUCGAGCUGCCAUGGCAACAUCAAGUCUUCCAACAUCCUGCUCACCGGCACUGACGACGCAUGUGUGUCAGAGCACGGCCUGAUAACACUUGGUGUGUAUUACAAUGCCUCCGGUUACCGCGCACCUGAGGUCACCCACAAUAGGUGGGUCUCUCAGAAAGCUGAUGUGUAUAGCUUUGGCAUCCUGAUGCUGGAGCUUCUCAGCCGGAAGGCUCCAGCAAAGAGCAUACAGAAUAAGCAGGGAAUGGAUUUGGCACGGUGGGUGUGUUCCAUCACACCUGAGGAGUGGACAGAGAAGGUGUUCGACGUGGAGCUCCUAGGGCAGGAGCAGAAGGGCGGGGAAGUGAACUGCAUGUUGCGAUUUCUGCAGCUCGCCCUAAAUUGUUGCAGUCAAUAUGCCGACUGGAGGCCUGCAAUGUCUUAUGUCGUGCAGCAGAUUGAGGAGAUCCGACAAUCCUGACCAAGAACCCCGCACAUCAAUUUGAGUAAGAGCUGGU